CAGAAUACUCACGUGGGUCGCCUAUUUGGCGCCAUUUUUCAUAGACAUCGGAGCUUCUGGCGCGCAAACCUUCUGUUGUGUACCCUUGUACGUGUCCGGACAAGCACGGGCGGGAAUGAUGUUUGUUCUCAAAAGAGAUAGUCGCAAGGAGCCCGUGCACUUCGAUAAGAUCACGUCAAGGAUUCACAAGCUCUGCUAUGGACUCAACAUGGACUUCGUUGACCCCUGCUCCGUUGCUCAGAAGGUUAUUAAUGGAUUGUAUCCCGGUGUUACCACGGUUGAACUUGAUAACUUGGCAGCUGAAACAGCGGCCACCAUGACCACAAAGCACCCCGACUAUGCCAUUUUGGCUGCUCGAAUUGCAGUUUCCAACCUGCACAAGGAAACCAAGAAAGUGUUUAGUGAGGUCGUGGAAGAUCUCUACAACAUGGUGAAUGAACGCACGAGGUUGCGGUCACCAAUGAUCAGCGACAGCGUGUACAAGAUUGUCAUGGACAAUGCUGAAGUUUUUAAUUCUGCCAUCAUAUAUGACAGGGACUUUAGCUACAACUACUUUGGAUUCAAGACAUUGGAAAGAUCCUACCUGUUGAAAAUAAAUGGAAAAGUUGUCGAACGCCCUCAGCACAUGCUGAUGCGAGUGUCUAUUGGAAUCCAUGGCGAAGAUGUAGAAUCUGCUCUCAACACUUACAACCUCAUGUCGGAGAAGUGGUUCACACAUGCAUCACCAACAUUGUUCAACUCUGGAACUCCACGACCACAACUUUCAAGCUGUUUUUUACUGCAGAUGAAAGAAGACAGCAUAGAGGGCAUCUAUGACACUCUCAAGCAGUGCGCGCUCAUAUCCAAGUCUGCUGGUGGCAUAGGUGUCAACGUGCACUGUAUCCGAGCCUCUGGGACUUACAUUGCUGGAACCAACGGCACAUCCAAUGGGCUUGUGCCCAUGCUUCGUGUCUACAACAACACAGCUCGUUAUGUUGACCAAGGAGGGAAUAAGAGGCCAGGAGCUUUUGCGAUGUACCUGGAGCCCUGGCACGCAGACGUCUUUGAGUUCCUUGAGCUGAAGAAGAACACGGGCAAAGAGGAAGCUCGAGCUCGGGACUUGUUUUAUGCUCUCUGGAUCCCAGACCUGUUCAUGAAGCGCGUGGAGGAAGACGGUGUCUGGUCACUCAUGUGUCCCCACGAGUGUCCUGGGCUGCACGAGGUUUAUGGCGAGGAGUUUGAGAAACUCUAUGUGCAGUAUGAAACUGAAAAGCGUUACCGGCGUCAGAUACGUGCACAGCAACUGUGGUCUGCCAUUCUCGAGUCUCAGAUUGAGACGGGCACACCGUACAUGCUUUAUAAGGAUGCCUGCAACCGCAAGUCCAACCAGAAGAACCUGGGAACUAUCAAGUGCAGCAACCUGUGCACUGAGGUCGUCGAGUACACCUCUCCAGAUGAGGUGGCUGUCUGCAACUUGGCAUCGAUAGCCUUGAACCGGUUUGUGAAAGAAGGAAGCUUCGACUUUCAGAAGCUACGAGAGGUUAGCCAGGUCAUCACUCGGAAUCUCAACCGCAUCAUUGACAUGAACUUCUACCCAAUUCCUGAGGCCGAGAGAUCCAACAAGAGGCAUCGGCCCAUUGGCAUCGGAGUCCAGGGCCUUGCAGACUGCUUUAUCCUGCUUCGACUGCCAUUUGAUUCGGAACCAGCAAUGCUGCUGAACCGACAGAUUUUUGAGACCAUCUACUAUGGAGCUCUUGAAGCAAGCUGUGAGCUUGCUCAGAAGGAGGGACCAUACGAAACCUACAAAGGAUCACCGGUGUCUGAAGGGAUUCUUCAGUAUGAUAUGUGGGGUGUGACACCGACAGAUCUGUGGGACUGGGCAGCACUCAAGGAGAAGAUUGCAAAGCACGGUGUCAGGAACAGCCUGCUUCUUGCACCCAUGCCCACAGCUUCUACAGCGCAAAUUUUGGGGAACAAUGAGUCGAUAGAGGCCUACACGAGCAACAUCUACACACGGCGGGUCCUGUCUGGAGAGUUUCAGGUUGUCAAUCAGCACCUUCUCAAAGACCUCACUGACAGGGGCCUGUGGAAUGAAGCUUUGAAAAAUGACCUCAUUGCCAACAAUGGUUCUGUUCAGAAUCUGAACAUCCCUGAUGAACUGAAGGAUCUUUACCGCACUGUGUGGGAGAUCCCACAAAAGAAUGUGCUGCGAAUGGCUGCUGACCGUGGAGCUUAUAUUGACCAGAGCCAGUCGCUGAAUGUGCACAUUGCCCAGCCCAACUAUGCCAAGCUGACGAGCAUGCAUUUCUAUGGCUGGAAAUUGGGCCUGAAGACAGGCAUGUACUACCUGAGGACAAAGCCUGCAGCCAAUGCCAUCCAGUUUACGGUAGACAAGACUGCACUCAAGAAGCAGCAGCUGGACGGCAUUGCCUGCUCAUUGAAAAACAAGGACGACUGCCUCAUGUGCAGUGCAUGAUUUUUAGGAGCCAUUUUAAGGUUCUGCUCAUCUCAUAUGACAAUGCUUUUCUUUUUAAAUUGCAUUGAAACAUUUUGUAAUUGCAUGAAGCACUUCACACAUCUCGAUCUUAUUGGCAAGUGCCUGCCGAGUAAUAGUUCAUUUAGCAAGUUCCUUUCAUGUGUCGUCCAAAGGUUUUUCGUUUUGUCUAGUAUCUGUUGUACACAUGGUUUGAAUACUUUGCUCACGAAGUGCUUGCAUAUUUUUGUCGGUGUUUUUACCUUGACAGCAAGCAAAUCAUUGCUGUUCUUUUAGUACUUUUGUCUCUUGCUCCCUCCUCCAUUUACAACACACCUGAAGUUUUUUGGUGCAUUCCUUGUCAAGUUUGCUUAUUUUUAAAAAUAUCUAUUGUGCGACGCCUCCAUAGGUAUUCCAGCUAUGUGAUAAGCUAUAUGUUGAACAUUAUACCUAUGUUUGAGUUGAUGUAGGGCAUUUUACUUGCGCAGAAGCCAGGUUUACUGUUUUUAGUUAAAUUGCAGUAGAUUUUACAUGUAAUGUAAGACAGAAAAAGGAUGUUCUUGAAAGGUGACUGUGUUGAAAACUGAUGAACAGCUCACGCCUAUGAGUGUUCACUACAACAUUUUUCAUAACUGGGUUAUCACUGCCUGUGUGUGUGUAUGGCAUCUGUUUUAUUAUUUGUUUUGAAAGAGUAUAUUACAAAUGACAUUGAACGUCUUAAUUCACGUGAACAGCAUGUUGUGUAUCACAAGCACUUCAUUCACUUGCUUUUACCAUUUUUCACUUCGAUUGAACAGUAAAGAGAUUUCCCAGGCAA